UGGGGUGCGCGUUGGGCUGAGCGAUCCGCGCAAUCAACAACAGUUGGCCAUAACAACUUGGGCCACGAUCAAGGUGAGAGGUGCGUUAUAUCGUUUGUUUCUUCUGCCACACGGAGGUGUUUUGGGAGUGCUUUGCAUAUUUUGUGUGCGGACAUCGAAGCGAAGUGAACAAAGGACGUUGACAUGGUUGGUGACUAAGUGGGAGUGGUGUUGCUUUGUUGAAUUAGAAUGUAAAUAGUGUCUAAAGUCAGUUUCUGAAGUCAAAGAUAGGUAAAAUGCACGGAUUCACCUGUUGCUGGUCAUAGCUCGCAUUAGAGACAGCAUAUUUCGUUUGCGAGUGUGUUGAGGUUUGUGUAGGGGCAGUUGUCGCAUGUCUGCACAAAGCCUCAUCGAAGGGUAUAUGUUCACACCACACUUUGAUCGUCGUCUGCUGCGGGAUCCAACAUAAAAAUACAACACCAGCACACACACACACACACACACACACUUACACGAACAUACGUUUCUGCUGGUCGUCCACCAUAAUCCACCAAUACAUCGUAUAGAGGAGACCAAAAGAGAGCUAAAAAUGUUUUAAUCCGCAACCGCACGGCGAUCGGUGCCGGAGAUGUGAGGAGAAUUAUUCAAUAAGGAAACCAGUUAUAAACCGAUUGCGCUUUUCGCUUCGAUUGCAGUGCCCCGUUAAGUUCUCCUUUUCUGUCUCUUCUGGCGAGCUGUGGUGCGCGUUGAGUAGUGGGAUAAGCCAAAUUUGACCGGCCAUCUUUUCCGGGAAGAGAGUGCAACCGAAUGGGUUCAGUAGCGCAAAUCACCCAAAACGGCGAAUCCGGACUUUGUGCCACAUCGCGGAGAGAAGUGCGCUAAUGGUCGUGGGCCAUUGGAAGGACCAGAAAACCAGAAAAGUGAUCCCCUUAGUGAGUGAUGCUGCGAGAAGCUGCAGAUGUGCGUCUGUUUACAGUAUUGUGAUUGAGAUUUCGAGCAUCCAUGGAUUGCUUCAUGCGUAAAUCGUGAACGUGAAAAAAAAAGAACGAAGGGCACGUGCCAAACUAUUGAUGCAUGUGCGCAGUGAGCGAGUGAUUGAGCGAUUAAGUGAGUAGCGAUAUUUACAGCUAUUGGCCAGGUUUCUUGACCUUAGACGUUGGAAACCUUAACCAGGCGAAAUAAGUGUGUGUUCAUAUUUCUGUGACGGGUGCUAAAUUGUAGUGUUCAAGGCAAGGUGAACCAAAAAGACCAUCUGCGGAAAAGGGUAAGAACAGGGAGGAGGAAAAAGUGAAAAUUACACAAAUCAAGCACCGAUCGGAGAAGGAUAAUUGCAGAUGUCGCUGUAGGUGUACCCACUUGAAAGGUGCGUGGUGCCUUGGCCUAGCUUUCGACCGGAGCCAUUUGGUCGUGGCAAAGUGCUCAACGGUGCAGAGACGGUCAGGUGGCAUGCGGGGCACCUUGUAACGAAAGGCUGUUGCUACCACACGGCAAGCUGAGAAUGGACACAAUGAUGGGAACGGUUCGCAUCGGAAACUAAAGUGUGCGGCGGAAAAUGAAAGUAUUGUUGCCGUUUCCCCUCCGCUCGGACCGAAAUUCGUCAACUGCAUGAAUCCGCCGUAUAGGAUGCCUCCGCAGCCUCUCGGGACGUAUGGUGUGCAAAAUGACCAUCCCAUUCCUGGCACCGCAGCAGCUACCGAAUCGCCACACUUGCUGAAUCCUCCACCCCUGCGGACGCAUUCCAGCAAGUUUCCGAUUGAACGAGAACUGGUGCUCUCCUCGAACAAAAACGCCUCCAAGAUUCCGUUGAUGCAAGAUAACCGAAACACAAGCAUUCCAUUGUUGAAUCGAUCCUCCGGCACCGCCGCCGUCGGACCAGAUUUGCCAACCAAGCAGACUCAGGCAUGGAAUCAAGCCCAAAUUGAGGUUAUUCAUUCUUCGAUCACCGGAACGAUCCCCCGUAACGCGGUCCGACUGCCGGAAGACAUCACGGCCCUAGCCGAGCGCGAAGGCCUCUCGAGGGACAAGGAAACCGUAAAAAAAUCCGUCUCAAAAAACUACCACAAACUCAAGGACCUCAUAUCGGGCAAGUUUAAAAAAGAAGCCCAAGAAGGUGCAGGAGACGAACUGAACAACGUCUCCUCGUUGCUUCAACAGCAACAGCAUCAUCAGCAACUUCAUCACCACCAGCAGCAACAACCCGAUAGUCUUGGAUCAACGUAUCUCAUGAUGGGAGCCACUCCGGGAAACAAUCUGAAUCACGCCCAAUCCAACAUUAAUUUGUGGCACUCGAACGCGACGGGCGAUUCUCCACUAUACUAUCACAAGAAAUUUGCCGAUCCGGCAGAAGGCUACAACGGAGAAUCAUUGGCCGGAUUUCGCAACCUAAAAGCCAUGUCGCAACCCCAGCUCAAUACAGUCGCGGUGGAAAAUACCAGAGGCACUCCGAAUGUCGGGAAUUUCCCCCAACAAAUAGACGGAACGGAUAGCGAUGACGGUGGAUUCCGCCAACACACCCAUGCUAGAGUGAAUAUGCAAACUCCGGUGCAGCACCACAGCCGACAAAUGCAACAAAACUAUGUUCACAACUAUCGCCACAAUCACCCACAAGCGGGGCAACACGCAGCACAGGUCCCACCUCCAACCUACCAACAAACUCCCCAGUCAAGGCAUAAAAUACUGACGGAAUAUGCGGACAGUUCUACCUCGCAGCAACAGCAACAGCAUCACUCCCAUUCGCAUGGCGGCCAUUCAAGCAUAAACAUUGGCGAGCAAAGCUACAAUGACCACGAGCAAUUGGAUAAAAAUCAAAACAUCAAUGAAUCCUCCAAUGGUCCUCCGAUAGCCCAAAAACCAAAUGUUCAAAAGAUGGCUCAGGCUAUCAACGGAAACCAAAACAGUACCAACAACAACAACACCGUGGUUCAAAUUGCUCCGGAAUUAUCGCAUGUGGUACAAAUGACUGCCGGUGAAUCGAAGCAAAUUGAUUCCAUUUCUAGUUCGGAUUACGAUCGGAACGGAAAUCACAGCUCCAACGUUGAUUCAGGUCGGGGAAGUGCCGCUUAUUCCAGUGGACGAAAACCUCCGGUACAACAGUCGGUUGGGAAUUUGAUCGAAGCUCGGAAUCGGAGCAAAUCGGAAUCGGAAUGGAUCGAUGGGGUAGAUGCUGAAUUACGUAACAUCCUAGAGCCUGGAAUGAAGAGCAUGAUGAUUCGUCCGGAAAGUACCAUGUCGGAGAGCGCUUCCUCGAUGUCGCCACCAUUGCCUCCGCUCACACCGGACGGGGGGCUAUACAAUGGAAACUCUACCCAUAACAAAUCCAACCCCAAGCACCAUUCCAAACAAGAGUACGGAACGGAUACCUACAAUCGUGCGAGUAAAAAUCCUCAGCCGAUUGGGCCUUCCAAGGGGCAACCUUCAACCAACACAAUCCAAAACUAUAUGCACAACCUGAAGUUGUCUUCCAGUAGUAAAAAACACGAACAGAACAUGCUGAAGAAACAUUUGUUCGGUUUGGACACGGACGGAGCGUCGGUAACCAACACAACCCGCUCGUUGGAUCUGGAAUCCUUGCUAGGCGGGCCGUGGGACGCCAAUCAGUCGAUGAGUGAAUCGGAAACCGACGGUGGUCUCCAGCAGAUACGGAACCAGCUCGAAGGGCUGGAGUCGAUGUACGGCGAGGUGCUGAAGAUGUUGGGCAAUCGCAUGGCCAGCAACGAAAUGUCCCAACGGAUGAAUCGCCGAAGGCGACACGGAAGUCUUUCCUCGCUGCCAUCCAGCUCGGUCAGCGGUCGACCUAUCCGGGAUCGCAGGAGAACAGAUGAGCGCCGGAAGGUGCGUGACAUACGGGGAAUCAACAAACGCUUCCAGCGACUUGAGUCGCACGUAGUCACUCUGGCCCGAAGUGUGGCCCAUCUUUCGUCGGAGAUGCGCUCGCAGCAUGUGGUCUCGCAGGAGCUGGAGGAAAUUCGGAAUGAUAUGGCCCUGCUGAGGACCCAGUCGAUGCACCACAUUCCGCUGAAUGCGAGCGGGGCAGCAGCGGCAGCCGGAGCCAAUCACAGCUCGAAGGAACCCAUGAAUUUGACCAACCCGAGGAGGGUUAAGAAAUUGACGAAAUUUUUCGGCGAGGAUCCUCCGCUGAUGAAAUUGUUCCUGAAGAAGUUGGGGUAUGAGAAGUACGCCCCAAUCUUCGAGAGCGAACGCGUCGGAAUGAUCGAACUGCCGUACCUAGGAGAGGAGAGACUGCAAAAGAUGGGAAUUCCCCUGGGACCCCGGUUGCGAAUUCUACAGGAAGCCCAAAUAUCGCUGUGCCGUGAUACCACCCUGUGUAUAGUGUGAGGUAAAGACAACCAGAGACACCGCUUCUGCCCUACCCCGUGAUCCCAUCUGAGUGUGCGACAAAAUGAGCCAAAGAAACACCACUAAAAUGAUGUGUACACUGAAUGUAACAAAAAAAAUACAGUGCUUAUUCUUAAAGUUAUUACCCGUGACGAUAAAAUUAUUCUCAAUUAGAAAUAGUAUCAGUUGCAUUGAUUACGUUGUAUUUUAUAACCAUUAUGUGUAUUAAGCGACACGCCAGACUACUCAUUAAGUAUUCCUCGUUCCGGCGUCAACGAACUAACUGAAGCGUACGUUCGAAGCCUGUCAAAUACACAACUUUUAAUCAUAAUACACAAAUUAAUCGGUAAUC